AUGGCGACUUCCAAUGGCAUCCUCACAACACCCACGAAAACCAUGGCAAACGAUAGAACUUCUUCUUCUUCCUCUGCUUCAAGGAAGCACCACCAUCAUCACCAGAAAAUCACCGAUUCGUCCUCUUCCUUUAAGGCCCGAUUUGAAGCCUAUAAUCGUCUUCAGGCGGCUGCAGUUGCAUUUGGUGAACAGCUUCCUAUUCCUGAGAUUGUAGCCAUUGGAGGGCAGUCUGAUGGGAAGAGCUCACUUCUUGAAGCACUUCUCGGAUUCCGAUUUAAUGUUCGCGAGGUCGAGAUGGGUACACGUAGGCCUCUCAUACUCCAGAUGGUCCAUGAUCCUACUGCUCUCGAUCCUAGGUGUCGGUUUCAGGAAGAGGAUUCUGAAGAGUAUGGCAGUCCUAUCAUGUUAGCAUCAGCUGUUGCAGACACCAUCAAAUCAAGAACUGAUGCACUGUUGAAGAAGACUAAAACUGCGGUCUCUUCUAAGCCGAUUGUGAUCAGAGCUGAAUACGCCCAUUGUCCUAAUCUCACCAUUAUCGACACUCCUGGUUUUGUUCUCAAGGCAAAGAAGGGUGAACCAGAGAGCACACCAGAGGAAAUUCUAUCAAUGGUUAAGUCAUUGGCUAGCCCAACCCACCGCAUCCUUGUAUUCCUUCAACAAAGUAGUGUGGAGUGGUGCUCAUCUUUGUGGCUGGAUGCCAUUCGUGAAAUUGAUCCAACCUUCCGAAGAACAGUAAUUGUAGUUUCCAAAUUUGAUAACCGGCUUAAGGAAUUCUCUGAACGUCGGGAAGUGGAUAGCUAUUUAAGUGCAAGUGGCUACCUUGGAGAGAAUACACAGCCCUUUUUUGUUGCCCUGCCAAAGGACAAGACAACAGUUUCCAACGAUGAAUUUCGCAGGCAAAUAGCCCAAGUGGAUGUUGAUAUUUUGCACCAUCUACGAGACUCUGUCCACGGAGGCUUUGAUGAAGAAAAAUAUAGGUCCCAAAUUGGCUUUGGUCGCCUCCGAGAUUAUCUGGAAUCUGAGCUUCAAAAGAGAUAUAAAGAAGCGGCACCAGCAACUUUGGCAUUACUUGAACAGCGUUGCAAUGAAGUCACUGCUGAUUUAAACUCCAUGGAUUCCAAAAUACAGGCUACUUCUGAUAUUGCUCACCUCCGCAGAUCAUCAAUGUUGUUUGCAUCUGCCAUCUGCAACCAUUUGGGAGCACUAAUAGAUGGAGCAGUAGAUCCCGACCCAGAGCAAUGGGGCAAAACAACAGAAGACGAGAGAUCAGAGAGUGGUAUCGGGAGCUGGCCUGGUCUUACAGCAGAUAUAAAGCCACCGAAUGGUAGCCUUCGCCUUUAUGGUGGUGCUGCUUUCGAAAGAGUUAUACAUGAAUUUCGUUGUGCUACAUAUUCAAUCGAAUGCCCUUCAGUUUCAAGAGAGAAGGUGGCGAAUAUAAUACUCGCUCAUGCUGGCCGAGGUGGUGGAAGAGGAAUUGUAGAGGCUGCUGCUGAGAUUGCGCGUUCUGCUGCCAGGUCAUGGCUUGCCCCUCUGCUUGAUACAGCUUGCGAACGGCUUGCAUUUGUGUUAAGAAACCUCUUUCAUCUAGCCAUGGAGAGAAAUCACCUUUGCCAUGCUGAUUAUGCAAAGAAAACUGUUGAUAUGGAUGGAUAUGUAGGUUUUCAUGCUGCUUUAAGGCACUCUUACAAUUGCUUUAUAAGGGAUCUUGCAAAAGAGUGCAAACAACUUGUUCGGCAUCAUUUGGAUUCAGUUACAAGCCCGUAUUCUCAAGUAUGUUACGAUAGUGAUAUCCUCUCCACUUCUGGUGGAAACCCUUAUACAUACCAAGCUUCAGUUAGCUCAAUAUCUCUCGAGUUUUCAGAACAUGCGGCAAAAGGCCAAGAAAAUAUACCUCCACAUAAGAAUGGUCAGGAGGACACCACACCUGGAAAACCUGUGGAAGCACGAGAGGCAUAUAUGACUGUGCCCGAGACCCCAUCACCCGAUCAGCCGUCUGAAGGAAAUUAUGUCAUUAAGAAGGAACUCGGAAACUAUAUUGAAGGUGGAGCAAAAAAACGCCAUUCCAGAAUACAGGGUAACUGCAAAGUGUUGGAUAACUUGAGAGUUCAAAAUGGUGGUCUUAAUGCUAACUCACGAUCAGGGUCAUCAUACUCCGAGAUUUGCUCGUUGGCUGCACAGCAUUUUGCACGCAUACGUGAAGUUUUGGUUGAGCGCAGCGUGACUUCAACUUUGAAUUCUGGCUUUCUGACCCCAUGCCGCGAACGACUUAUGGUGGCACUGGGACUGGAUUUAUUUGCGGUGAAUGAUGAAAAAUUCAUGGAUAUGUUUGUUGCACCGGGAGCGAUAGAUGUUCUCCAGAAUGAACGACAGUCGCUUCAGAAACGUCAAAAGAUAUUGCAUACUUGCUUGUCUGAAUUCAAAUCUGUUGCUAGAGCACUCUAAUGGAUUCGGUUAAACCAUCCCAGAGAGAGUUGCUUCCAUCUCGUGAGCAAUAAUCAGAUCUGAAAUGAUGAAUCUUUACAGCCUUCGUUACAGUGAGUCAUAUCUUCUUCAGUAAAACACACAGUUUGUGUUUGGUAUACAGACAGGACUAGAGUGAGGUAGGUAAGUGAAAUAACUGUCCAAUAUUUUAGUGUUUGACAUGGAUAGUUUAGUAAUUUACAUCUUGUUCUAUCUACCUGAUUUUUGUUUCACCUAUUUUGGUGGGACAAAAAUGCAUGUUUGGCCUGCUCAAUCCUG